AUGGAGUUGCAAAAGAAAGAACAUCGGGACAUUUAUCAGGAAAUGAGACUUUCUCAAGAUAAACUGAAUGAACAUUACGAGAAUAUCAAGAGACUUGCAGACGAAAUGAAAUAUUCGUUUGGAAAUGUGAAACAAAGAGAAGACGAAACAGAACUACUGAGACAGAAAUAUUAUGACAUGCUCACAACAAAAACAUAUAGUGAGGCUGACAGAGAUGCAUACUUCCAACUGGAACAAACAGCGAGAGAUGAAAAAGAUUUAUAUGUAUUAGAAUCACAAAAGCUGGCAUACAAAUGUUCGACAUACGUUGUUUACUCAUAUCAACACUCCGAAAAAAGAGAGGAAUUUUUGAAUAAAUUACUGCAAAAUGUCGACAAGUAUUACGUUGAAUAUGAAAACACGAAGAAAGAAAAGUCGAAACUCAACAAUCAUUGUUCUCAGCUACAGAACGAGGUUCAGGAAUGUAAUUCAACAAUAUCUAGAUUGCAAAACGAUUUGCGUAAAAUGGAAGAACUCGGGAAUAAUUUAGAAGACAAGUGCAAGAAUUAUGAGUUGCGUCAAAAAGAGCUUUUGAAUGAAAAGGGUAUUCUGGAAGGAAAAAAUGCAAGUUUGACUUCAACACUCACAGAUACCAAAAAUAGGAAUGGAAAUUUAACCCAAAAUUUAUCACAGAGCAUAAAUGAAUCUAAAAGAUUAAACGAGGAGGUUGAAGAUUGCAAUAUGAAAAUAUCUCAAUUGAACAAAGAUAUUGAAGAGAGAAAAAAUGAUCAAAAGAAUUUAAAUGAAAAGAUUGCAUACCACGUGGAAAAUACGACGGAGUUAGAGAGUCAGUUAGAUGAAUUGAAGAAAAGAUCAAACAACAUGAAUAUUGAAUUGGUGAAAAACAAAGAAGAAUUAACAAAGAUAAAGAAGCACAGAGAUAUUUAUGAACAAGCAACCAAACAAGCAAUAAAAGAAAGGAAUAAGAUGAAGGAAGCUUAUGAUAAAAUGAAGAAAGAAAAAGAGAUCAUGGAGGAGCAAUUUGCUACCAUGAAACACGAUCGAGAGGUGGUUGGAAAAGAAAAAGAUCGUUUGGUAUCUCGUGAAUUUCGGAUAACAAAGAGAAACAAAGAACUUACGGAAGACCACAAGUUCUUAACGAGAGAAAUUGAUGAACUGAGGGAAAAAUAUCGUCGAGCUGACGAGAGAGCAAGGAAGGAUGGAUCAUUAAAACAAGAAUUACGUGAUACGAUAAAAAGGCUUCACAAAGAGAUGGAAGAGGAAAGACGAAGGAUGAUAAAGGUAACUCGCGAUGUUAGAAUACAAACCGAUCCGGGCCUGGCAUGUGAAAGCAGAGACAUCGCUAUUCAGCAUGCUCAGUUUAAAAUGAAGCAAGCACUGAAGGCUCGAGAUCAGCAAGCUGUUGAAAAUAAAAGUUUGAAAGAAUCACAUGGAAGAGCUCAAAAAGCACUAACGAAGAAAACAAACGAACUUGGUUCCUUUGAAACAAAACUCAAAACAUCCCAAGAAAAUUAUGUGAAAUUAGAAAAUAAAUGCAAACGCAUCGAAAAACUUUUAAAUUCAACAAAACAAGAACUAGAAAAAGAGAAGAAGAAACUUGAAAGAAAAAAGAAGGAAGAACCAACACGAGUUAUGUUGAUAGAACAAGUUCACCUUCCAAACGAAACAUCAGAAGUUUCUUGUCAAACGGGUGAUGAAAUGAUUGUCAGUGAAAAAGAAGCGGAAUUAACUUUAAAUCUAGCACUUUGUCUUCAAGAAAAGGUGGAUGCAAAUAAAGCAGAGUUGGCGGACAGACUUCGACAGCUAGAGAGAAGUGGAGAGAAGAAUAUCAGACUCGAGAAAAUUAUACAGCAACAAAAAUCUGAAAACGAUUUGCUGAAAAGGAAAAUCUCACACAUGGAAAACAAGUUCUACGAGGAACGAAAUUAUAUGAAAGAAAUUCAUAAUUCUUUGGUUACUAAAAACUUACACCCACGAAAUAUAGAAAGUUUUGGUUUGGCAUAA